AUAUUAGGUUGACUAAGUGCAGCAGAGUGUAAUAUUAUAUAAGUAUGUAAAUUUUAACAAAUUUUUACACUUAGAUUAGGGUGGCAAACAUGCUCAAAUCCAAGUUUUGUAACCUGUGAUUUGAGAGUGGGCGUGCUAAGAACCAGACCAAUAUGCUUUCCUGUUGUUAUUCCAGCAUAUUUAGAUGAAUGGCGAAUGAAUUUAUUGACAAUUUUGAAAUAAAUUUCUAUGUUUGAAUGCAAGCAAAAUGUUAACAUCUAAAGUGUUGAUGGUAAAAACAAGAUCUGGAAAGAUUCUGAAAAUAAUAAGGGAACAUUAUUUAAGAGAUGAUAUUAAAAAUGGUCUUGAAUUAAAAGAUGAAAAGUCGAUGGAUGAACAUCCUUCUCUCGUCAAUAACCUCGUCAAUGUGGAACAUAUUCUAGUUGUUGAUACCAAUGUUGUCCUAAAGCAAAUCGAUGUAUUACAUCAUCCCGCUAUCAAAAAUGUUAUUGUUUUGCAAACUGUAUUACGAGAGGUGAGACGUAGAUCUUCACCGGUAUACAAAAAAUUGAGGACAUUGAUUGAAAAUCCGGAUAAAAAGUUUUUUGUUUUUACAAACGAACAUUCCAUUGAUACUUGGGUUGAAAGAGAGCGCGGAGAGUCUAGUAACGAUUGGAAUGAUCGACUAAUUCGAACCGCAACAUCUUUUUAUGAUAAAUGCUUGGAGGAACGUAAACAGAAAGCGGUUCUUGUUACAAAUGAUCGAGCUAAUAAAGAUCUUGCAAUUAAGGGUGGAUUGUUAUCUUUCACUAUGGAAGAGUAUGUUAAAAAUAUUGUUGGAUUUCCUGAACUUAUUGAUAAGUUAGCAAAGGAAGCAGACGAGAGCAUUGAAGUUGAUAAAUCAAUUUCAUACCCCCAGCAUUUGCCAUUAUCCAAGUUACAAAUGGGGAUAAAACAUGGAAAAUAUCGCCAAGGAAAAAUUAACAUCAGUCGAGAUAACUAUCUGGAGGGUCACAUACAAAUGUCCGGGGAUGAUGAAACUAGUAUACUUAUACAAGGGAGAAUAAAUUUGAACCGUGCUGUGCAUCAGGACAUUGUCGCUGUUGAAAUAUUGCCCGAAAAAGAAUGGUCAAUGCCAAGUGAUGUGGUGCUUGAUAUUGAAAUGCAGCCAGGUGCAGAUACUGAUGCAAGAGAAAAGAAUGUAAAUAAUACAAAUGAAAAUCAAGCAACUAAAAAACGAACUGGAAAAGUUAUUGGCAUUAUAAAACGAAACUGGAGACCAUAUUGUGGUAUUUUAGAAGAUUCUGGAAAUAAAGAUAUGACCAGACAUCUGUUUUCUCCCGCCGAUAGAAGGAUACCAAGAGUACGUGUAGAAACAAGACAAGCGGCAAAGCUAGUGGGACAAAGAAUCAUUGUCGCAAUCGAUAGUUGGGGAAGAUUUUCAAAAUAUCCUCAAGGACACUUCGUUCGUGCUUUGGGUGGAGUUGGAGAAAAAGAUACGGAAAAUGAAGUUUUAUUAUUAGAACAUGAUAUUCCACAUGAGCCUUUCUCAAAAGCUGUUCUUAAAUGUUUGCCCCAACCUGAUUGGUCAAUUCCUGAGACUGAAAUAAAGAAACGUAAAGAUCUACGUUACUUACCAAUCUGCAGUGUAGAUCCUCCUGGCUGUACUGAUAUUGAUGAUUGCUUACAUUACAGAGAAUUAGAAAAUGAGCCCGAUUUGUGUGAAGUUGGUGUACAUAUUGCAGACGUUAGUUAUUUUAUUCGACCUGGAACUGCUUUGGAUGAGGAAUCAAAAGCCAGAGGAACAACAGUGUAUUUGUGUGAUAAAAGAAUUGAUAUGGUGCCUGAUGUUUUAUCGUCCAAUUUAUGCUCUUUACGUGAUGAUGGUGACCGGUUGGCCUUUUCUUGUAUCUGGAAAUUGAACAAAAAUGCAGAAAUUGUGGAAACUUCUUUUUGCAAAUCAAUUAUUCGCUCUAGAAAAUCGCUUACUUAUGCAGAAGCCCAGAUGAUGAUAGAUGAUAAAUCAAUGAAUGAUGAUGUCACAAUUGGUUUACGAGGCCUGAAUAUGCUUGCAAAAAUCUUGAAAAAGCGUAGAAUCGACAAUGGUGCUUUGAGUCUCGCAUCUCCUGAAGUUAGAUUUCACAUUGAUAGUGAGACUCAUGAUCCUAUAGAUCUACAAACAAAAGAACUUAAAGACACCAACUCUAUGGUGGAGGAAUUCAUGCUUCUGGCAAAUUGUUCUGUCGCCAAGUACACCGAAUCUGAAUUUCCUGAUUGUGCUAUUUUAAGAAAACAUCCUACACCACCACAGUCCAAUUAUGAUAUGCUAAUUAAUGCGGCCAAGUCUAGAGGUGUUAACAUUGAAACUGAUACAUCACUUGACCUUGCUCGUUCUUUGGAUGAUGCUCAUAUUCCAGGUAAUCCAUAUAUUCAGACCUUAUUGAGAAUCAUUGCUACUAGAUGUAUGCUUCAAGCAGUGUAUUUCUGCAGUGGAAUGGACUCUGAUUAUCUUCAUUACGGACUCGCAGCACCAAUUUAUACUCAUUUUACUUCUCCUAUUAGAAGAUAUUCUGACAUAUUGGCGCAUAGGUUAUUGGCCGCAGCAAUUGGAGAUGACAUGACUUUUCCAGCCCUUUUGGAUAAACACGAGCAACAAAGGGUUUGUGACAACUUGAAUUUCAGACAUAGAAUGGCACAAUAUGCUCAACGUGCUUCUGUUGCUUUGCAUACUCAGUUGUUCUUCAGAGAGAAAGUUGUCAAUGAGGAAGGAUUCAUUAUUGCCGUAAAAAAGAAUGCCGUUCAAGUAUUGAUACCCAAAUAUGGUUUAGAAGGGACUGUUUUCCUGGAUCGUACAAUAGAUGGGACAGUGGUUCCAGCUGAUCAAAUGACUUAUACAGAGGAUGAAUGCAAAAUUGCAAUACGAGGAAGAAUCAUGCAAGUAUUUGACGCAGUCACUGUUGAAAUUUCGCAUGACAAAUCAAAUAUACAAAGACAAAGAAUUGUUAUGAAAUUAGUUUCCCCCACAAUCGCACAGAUAAGCGUUCCUCUGCUUAAAGCUGAGGAGAAUGCAGCGAAGCGUAUGAAGAUGGAUGAAUAAACAUGAACCUUUGCUUAGUUUAGUAUUUUGUAUGGUCCAUGAAUUUUUGUCUACAAAUAGAACAUAUGAAUUUUUCAUGCCAUUUUCCUUAUUAGCGUCAUAUAUUUUGAUUGACCGUGCAUACUGAACUCUCCCAUCAAUUGCUGCCUUUAUAAUGUUCCUUAUUUUUCUUUUCUUUUUAUCAAAUAGCUUAGAUUUUGUAGUGCUGAUCAAAACCUUUUUAUGCACAUAUUCAAAGAUCAGUAGUCAUGGGGAAUGUAAUGGCAUCAGCCGCACCUACUCCACCUAUAGCUCCAGCCCCCACACCAAUCCAAGUAA